GCGACACAUUUUUAUAUCCUCCUGUCGCCUUCGAAUCGCUGUCGUUCUGCAUAAUGGAAUUAUGUUCGUCCUGAUUCCCAUAGAUGUGACUGUCGCUCGUAUAAUGUCGCCUAUCCAUCAGAGAAAAUACCCCUUGAUCCACUUUCUUCGCAAACAGUCGUAAAACUGUGUCUCCUGGAACGAUACGGUGGUCGUGCAACAUGUUUCGUUUCAGGAUAUCGAGAAACAAAACGUAGAAGAGGCAUGAAACUUUUCACGUUUCUCUUUUCCGCUCAUAUAGCCUCGAAGUAAAAUAUUCUUGCGGGGAUCACCUGUCACCUAUCAUGGCGUAGGAAAGAUCCUCUCGUAGAAUUUCAACAUCGUCUCACGAUCCUGGAAGGAGAAAUCUGUUAAACCCGUUCUGUGUUCCUAUUAACUGCAUAGUUGUCGUUGCAGUAAUUCGAGUUGUAUCGUCCGAAGUAAAGUUCAGUGCGGGUUAUCUAAACUGUAAGAAAUUGAUUAAGUUAUCUCGCAUCUGGUAGAAAAUUCAUACUAAUUAUUUUCGCGGACAUCGAACAGUGUAAAUCUGUGCGAGUGAAUGGAAAAGUUGUGAUCGGAUGCGUAAUGUAAUGAAAAAUAUUCGAUCGGACGAUAAGAAUACGAUCUGGUAAAUAAUAUCGUCAGAUAUUGAUAAUACUGAGAGGUUAAUUACUUAAAAUUAUAGAUAAGCUCGUCUGGUACGAAGGAGAUAUAAACAAUUUAGACAUGUUCAGCAUGCUGCCUCUGGGAUCCAGUAUUUUUCUUUGCCUCGUGAUCUCUGCGAGUGGCAAAUUGGUGGAGCAGAAUGAGAAAUAUCUACAGUUCCCCCCAAACUUUCUCCUGGGAGCUGCGACAGCGGCAUAUCAAAUAGAAGGAGCUUGGAACGUGAGCGACAAAGGUGAAAGCGUUUGGGAUCGAUUCAGCCACGAGAGGGGUAACCAUGUUUACCAUAACGAAACGGGGGAUGUUGCUGCGAACUCUUAUUACAAGUACAAGGAGGAUAUAGCCAUUUUGAAGAACCUUGGGUUCAAGUCCUACCGUUUAUCCUUGAGCUGGCCGAGGAUCCUACCGACAGGAUACCCGAACAAGAUCAGCGUAGAUGGCAUCCAGUAUUAUCACAAAGUCAUCGACGAUUUGUUGGCGAACAAUAUCGAGCCUAUGGUCACGCUCUACCACUGGGACCAUCCCCAAAUUCUCGAAGAUGCAGGUGGUUGGACGAAUUCAGAGAUGGUCGAGUGGUUCGCCGAUUACGCCAGGGUCGUCUUCAAGGAGUUCGCACCAAAGAUAAAGCGAUUCAUCCCGGUGAACGAGCCGCAAGAAGUCUGCAGAAAUGGCUACUUAUACGGGAACCACGCGCCCGGAAAAAGACUUCAUGGUGUCGGCGAGUACCUGUGUCUCCACAACGUUCUAAAAGCACACGCUAGAACCUACAGGAUCUACGAGAAAGAAUUCAAAGAACAAUACAAAGGUGAAGUUGGUAUAUUAAACAACGUGUUUGGUUAUUUCCCGAAAACACCAAAGGACGAGGCGGCAGCCGAGAUCGCAUUCCAAUUCAAUGGCGGAUGGGUAUUGAACCCGAUAUACAACGGUGACUAUCCAGCUGUAAUGAAAGAAUUCGUCGCUAAACGAAGUCGAGAACAAGGCUUCACCAGAUCCCGUCUUCCAGAGUUUGAUGCUGAGUGGAUCAAAUACAUAAGGGGAACAGCUGAUUUCCUGGCUUUAAACCACUACACAUCAAGAAUAGUUGAAAAUGGUACCUAUGGAGAGGUACCGUCUCAAGACAACGAUCAAAUGGUGCUUCCAACCAUGGACGAAUCUUGGAAAUCAUCAGCCUCUAAAUGGUUGAAAGUUGUACCUGAAGGAUUUCGACUCUGUCUCCGUAAAUUGGCAGAGCACUAUGGAAAUCCACCCAUAUAUAUCACUGAGAGCGGUUUCUCCGAUCGUGGAACUUUAAACGAUGACGAUAGAAUCGAUUACUAUCGCGAGUACUUAAAACAGAUGCUUCUCGCCCACUAUGUCGACGGUGUCAAUGUGCGUGGAUACCUGCUGUGGUCGCUUCUUGAUAAUUUCGAAUGGGACAAAGGAUACAAUGAACGUUUUGGCAUCGUAUCCAUUGACUUCAACGAUCCGAACAGGCCACGAACUUUGAAGAAAUCCGCUACUUGGUGGCAGAAGAUUAUCAGUGACAGAAAACUUGACCAAUAAUCGUAAUCGUCGUGCUCUGAAUGAUCUUACAUAAGAGUAUGAUUGAUCAUGGCAAUUUGUUCUUCGUUUCCCGUUAUGUACACAACUUUUGUUUACAAAUUUUUAAUAAAUCAAUAUCCUUAUA